AUGGCUCGUCUCGUCCUUGCGCUGGUUCUGGCUGUGGCCGAUGCGAAGGCCAACGCCACGGACAACGCCACGAACGCCACGGACGCCACGGCCACGGUGCUUAACCAAGGUCUCAAGGUACGGAGCAUGUCAAGCAGCAUGUCAAGGCCAGUGACGAUUCUUCACAUCAGCGACACGCACAGCAUGCAUCGUUCCACUGGAAACUUGCCAGAUGCGGAUAUUUUUAUUCACUCUGGUGAUGUGGCCAAAGUCGGCAGUGACAGUGAGCUGGGCGAUUUCAAUCAUUGGCUCGGCACUAUCAAACACAAGUACCAACACAUGCUGAUCAUCUCUGGCAACCAUGAUUAUUGGGACACCAACUGGCGCAUGAAUCGUGGCUGGCUGUCCGCAUCUGAAGCUCACAGCCCAAAUUAUUUUCAGAGCAAGAUCACCAAUGCCAAAGUCCUGAAUCACGAGAUGGCUGAGGUGAUGGGCCUCAAGAUUUGGGGCGCUGGAUGGCAUCCUCGUCGUGGGGAUUCCAGGUCCGGAAACAACUAUGCCGACAUUCCGGCAGGUAUCGACAUUUUGGUCACGCAUGAAGCUCCCUUUGGCAUUUUUGACAUGACCGGUGGUGGACACUGGGGCUCCAGCCAUGAGCUCCUCGGUGCUAUCUACCGCGCCAAGCCCAAGGUGCAUCUUUUUGGCCACAUCCAUGAGCAACGGGGACACUGGGACAGGAACAACGACCAUUUUGAGGGCGGCGUGGAGUAUCGUCCCAGUCCCCACACCGGACAAGUGUUCCGCCCAAAUGGGCCACCAGCCCAAAACUACCCAGUGGAGGUGGAAUCAAACAACGCCAUGGCAAACCAGCCAGCAGUCGACCACAGCUGGACCGGAGUUUGGGCACCACAGCAUAUCGUGGGACGCGCCCGCCUCAUCAUUGCCAAGAAGGAAGGUGACGCCUGGCAUUUUACAUCAUCUGUGCCUUAG